AUGAGUAUCGGCUUGCUGCUGAAAACCUUUCAUAGUUAUGGCCUGGGCAGUGGCCUGCUCCCGGCUCCUCUGCGCCUGGACCUAGACCUGAACCGCAUUCACUUCAGUAAGCGAUCGCAUCAACGUCGCUUCUACCUCACAUACACGGCCUGUCUGAAUGUGCUGCUCAUUGUUCUGCUGCCCUGCACGUUUCCGGUGUUCAUGUACGACGAGAGCUACAUGAGGGACAGGCUGGUGCUGCAGUGGGCCUUCAAUCUGACUAACGUUACCCGGAUAAUGGCGAUGAUUGCCUGCGGCUAUCUGACGUGGACCAAGAGGGAGCCGCUGCUGCAGUUGGGAGAGGGCUUGGCGAGGCACUGCCAUAGAUGCCGACUGCUGGAGAAUGGCGCUUUGCAUCCCUCGGGCUACAGGGAGCUCCAGAAAAGGAUUCGCGGCCUGCUGCGUCAGCAGUUCUUUGUCCUGAAUCUCAGCAUAGUGUCCGGCACGCUUCUUCUGAUGCGCAUCGAUACGGAUGUGCGGCGCAGCAAUAUCAUAAUGGUAGUCGUCCACAUGCUGCAGUUCAUCUACGUGAGCAUCAUGAUGUCCGGGCUGUAUGUCAUCUGUCUGCUCCUCUACUGGCAGAUGGAACGCGUGAAUCUUGCCUUGAAGGAUCUCUGCUCGCGACUGCACCACGAGGAGCGGAACGCACUGCUGCUGUCCGCAUCGCUGGCCAGGCAGACGCUCCACAGCCUUGGCCAUCUGCUCCAGCUGCACUGCGAGGGCCAGCGAUUGAUGCGGAGUCUCUUUAGCAUCUUUGAUGUUACCAUUGCCUUUCUGCUGCUCAAAAUGUUCGUGACGAAUGUGAAUUUGUUGUACCACGCCGUACAGUUUGGCAACGAUUCCAUAGAUACCACUAGCGUGACCAAGCUGUGGGGAGAGUCGUUGAUCGUCACCCACUACUGGACUGCGGUGCUCCUGAUGAACCUCGUCGAUAAUCUGACGCGCCAAAAUGGCCUCGAAACAGGGGAAAUUCUGCGUCAAUUCAGCGAUCUGGAGCUGGUCAAAAGGGAGUUCCAAUUGGAGUUGGAGCGCUUCUCGGAUCAAUUGCGUUGCCAUUCCACCGCCUACAAAUGCUGCGGUCUUUUUGUGUUCAACAAGCAAACGAGCCUGAUAUAUUUCUUCUCGGCUCUGGUGAACGUUUUGGUGCUUUAUCAAUUUGAUUUGAAGAACAGCGUCUUGGAAAUUCCCUAG